CCAGUCUCUUGCGUCCAUCAUUCCAAAUAUCAUUUUGCCUUCCCAUAAAGGACAAUCAGAACACAAGGGUUCCUCUGGCUUGUCAGUCUUUCCAACCUUGCUCAAGGACAUGGAAAGUCCAUGGUCCAGAACCAUUCCACGAUCAUUGUCCAUCACGCCCAUCCUUCCUUCCAUUCCUCUGAUAAUAAAGGGAUCAUCAUCCAGGGAUCCACACUUCUGACGCAUGUCCCUCAAUAGGCAAGAGCAUCAAUGAGUCCUACUAAUUAGAGAUCAAAAGGCCGAACUUUUGCUCCACGAAUACUUCCAUGCAUAUGAAUGUGUUGGCAGGAUAUUUCUGGAAUGGUCAACCCCCCCGCAUAAACAACGCAAUCAUGGCCUUCAUAAGCAUUGUCCGUCCUUCCGGGGAAUUCAUUCUUCAGACAAACCCGAGCCUUGAAGGAUCUCCGAACCAAGAAUGACCAAUACCUUCGCCUCUGUUGUUAUAUUGUCCGCACUAUCAGUGAGCUGCUUUGGACAGCCCUUUGAGUCGGAGUAUGGCGAGAUUCCGGGAGCGGUGGAGGUUACGGACAAUGCAAUCCCUUUGAGACCGCGGCGAUUCAUGGGUGCAGAUUUGGUUAUGACCCGAGAUCUGACGGAUCCCGUACAACAGCACGAUUUUUGCCACAACUCCAUGAACCAACUGAUUCCACGUGUGGUCACCAUGAAACGGAUGAUGGUCAACGGUAUCAAAAGGAGUGACCCAACAUUGGACGCUUGGAGGCUGCAAGAGUGGGCCCAACAGCUCCAAGACAUUGAGCGGAGAUUAGUGAUUUGCAACCGCCGAAAUGCGGUGUCCAAAGUUCGGCUUUUGUAACGCGUUUCUGCUUUUGAUUCAUUACCCCUGGUUGGUUCGAGGAAUUCAUUUGAAUAACAUUGUUCUGUUCUUUCAAGUCCUGGCAUUUGACAAGCCUACACUUCCAUGGUUUUAACCUUUGGAGAUCUCGCUCUCUCUCUCUCUCUCUCGUUGCAAAUCAAAUCAAACUGAUUAGGCCUAAAUACUUUUUUGCAAGAUGGUGAUCCAGUGCAUAAACCAGUCAAAAUAAAUGAAUAAAAACGUCAAGCAAUUUAUUCCUGAAGAACGUAUUUAAUUUUAUCCUCAAUCCGGAUCAUCAUUUCUUCCUUGAUAUCUAGAUGGAACGACAAACGCAGUUGGGUUGGAGUGAAGGGUAUUCCUAAAAUAGAUAUGGCAUGACCAAGGGACUUUCUCUCCUCUGACGUCACCUAAAUCGAUUGAAAUAAACUUUUUUUUAGAAUGAAAUUAUUUAGACCAAAAAGUAAGAAAGCCUAACAUACUCUGCAAUUGCCUCUUGAAGCUGAAAUCAACGACCGCAAAAUAAUAGUUGCCAAGAAAAAUAUGAUAGCAUUAACAGUUACAACAAAUCGAGAUAGCCUAUGUCCUCAUAAUAUGCAAAAACUUCUCAUGCUCCCGAUUAAAUCCAAAAUGAAAGACUUACCAAUUUCAACCGUUC